UGAGUUUGACAAUUAAUUAUUUGUUUUUUAUGAGAUAAGUAAAUGUUGUUAUCAAAAGGAAAAUAGUGUUUAAUUUUAAGUAUUAGUUAUUAAUGGAACGAGAAUGGCUAGUGAACCUCUAAUUGUUGAAGCAAUCUUCUCAUUUAAGGGGAACAAUAAUGAUGAGUUGUGCUUUAAAAAGGGUGACAUCAUCACCGUCACCCAACAAGAGGAUGGGGGAUGGUGGGAAGGUACCUUGGACGAAAAAACGGGCUGGUUCCCCAGUAACUACGUGAAAGAGUGCACAGAUGUACCCAAGCCGCAAAUUGCACAACAAAGCCAAUACAAGGGUGUUGUAUUGAAUGAUCUCAUCGAUUCAGAAAAGGCACACGUCACAGAACUGGAAGGAUUGGUCACCAAUUUUCUACAACCACUUGAAAAGAGCACAAUAUUAACAUCAGACGAAUAUAAGCAGUUAACUGGUAACAUUGAGGAGGUCCUCGACGCCCACCAAACCCUCCUAGGACUUAUAGAAGUGGAAUCUAGCAAGCCCUCUAACGAACAGAGGGUUGGUAAGCUGUUCCUCAACUGGGCCCCCAAAAUUAAGAAGAUACAUCAGACUUAUUGCUCACUUCAUCCUAGGGCGGUAUUAAUUUUGGACAAGUUCAAGGAUGAAUUGGCUAAGUACAUGGAGUCGAAAGGGGCGGCCAGUCCCGGAGUGUUGGUUUUGACCACAAUGUUGAGCAAACCGUUUAGAAGACUGGAAAAGUACUCUGGUAUGUUACAGGAGCUGGAGAGGCACGUCGAAGAGUCUCAUCCAGAUCGAGGAGACACACAGAGAUCGGUCGCCGUUUACAACGAAAUAGCGACAAAAUGCUCGGCUAUAAGACGCCAGAAAGAACUAGAACUACAAGUAUUGACUGGUCAAAUUAGAGGUUGGGAAGGCCAAGCUUUGACAACUCUAGGUGAUAUCAUUUAUAUGGGAUCAGUGGCUGUCGGUCCCCAACACCACGACAGAUACUUCGUACUGUUUCCCACGACUUUGCUCAUACUUUCCGUUAGUCACAGGCUCAGCGGAUUUAUAUACGAGGGAAAAUUGUCGUUGCCUCCCUUGACUGUAACACGAUUGGAGGACACGGCCCAAUAUAAAAAUGCCUUUGAAAUAAGCGGUCCCAUGAUCGACAAGAAAGUUGCCGUGUGUCAGAGUAAAGAAGAGGCUGACCGUUGGGUGGAACUGUUCAAGAAGAACCAGCCACGUAGUUCAACCGCAAGUUUAAACCAAAAGGCUUCCCCGACACAAGUGCAAUAUGUUCCUCAACCACCCAAUCCCCAUCUAAACCUGCGAGGGUAUUCGAAUCGUUCGUCCGUAGUUAGUUACAAAACUGAGUUAAACUACAAGCCGACAUAUCCUCCGGAACAUUAUCCACCAGCUGCACCCUACGCAGGUCUCACCAAAUAUCUGCACAAAAAGGUGAAGGAUAAAGCUAUAACCGACAAACUGUUGCGACAAUUAUUGUACAGCGAGUAUCUGAAUAAGAUGAACUUGAAUCUGGUUAAAAUUAGGCACCAUAAGAGUGAAAUUGUGAUAAUGACUAGGGAUUCGCAUUGUAGAGAUAGCAUAAUUAAUUGUGAUAGUGAGUCAGACAGUGAUUCGGACGACAGCGACGACGGCAACAUUAAGCGUCAGAACGCAAUGGAUGACUCAGAUUCCGGUAGUUCGGGAAGUUCCAGCAAUCCUUUCGGUUACAUUCGUUAUUAUAACCCACAAACCGGUUCAGAAAGGGAGGAGAACUUGAGGUACGAAAGCUUCAUAGAUUAUGGUGAACCAGUUGCCAAUACUAGUGGUGUUUUGGUUGUGCUGGAAGAUGAGCCUAAAAAGAAGAGUGUUGUAAUGACGUCAACUGCUACGGUGCAGUUGGUGAAGCAAAACUCGGAAACAUCUGAGGCCAGCUCUUGUUUUGCUUCCAAGCCUAAUUUGGCCUGCAUAGAUAUACCGAAUUUGGAUGACAACACUCAAAUGAACGAAAGUUUGACGGUGCCUCAAAAUUACGUGCCCAGUACCAGGCAGAGUUGCCCUACCAAGUUUGUGGGCAAUAAGUUUAACCAAAGUAGUUUGACAACAAUUUAUAUACCUUCUUGGUCUAACAGUGAUAACAACAUCUCAUGUCAGACAAAGCCAGAAUUGAGCGAGCACAGAGAGUCCAGCAGUACUACAACACAUUCUAGCAGCUUAGAACUGCCCGUAAAUACAGUUCCUCUGCCGGACAACAUGGUUGCUGAAUUGCUGUACAAUUUUGACGGUCAUGACUUCUUGAAAUCCGACUCCCAGGAUAGUGAUGUGACUGAAGUGUCAUCCACCACUGUUAUAAAACCACCGAAGAUGUUUUCCAAUGCGAAAAAGGACGGAACAUCCCAGACAAUAAGUUUAGAUUUAAAAAACGUAGGAUUCCGCAAGCACAGUAUUAAUUCGGACAAGCCCAAGCGGCGUUCGAGUAUCCAAAUUAACCCAGAAGAUCUCAGUAAAGACAACAGUAACAAUAAAAAAAGUGAUAUAAGACGUUGCGUGAGCUCUCAAUUCCUUAAAAUGUCCGACCCGACGGCCAGGCAAUCGUAUUGCAGGUGUUGCAUGGAAGCAUGUCAUAGUCCCCGUUCCUCCGACUCCGGUAUGGCGGGCAGUUGCACCCUAAACUCCCCCGACUUGGCCAACGCCGCCGAACUGUCCUCGAUGCAGGAACGCUGCAGCAUGGACAUGUCCCACUUGUUCCAAAAGUACAACGAUCUAACCCAAUUCGGCGGCGACAGCAGCAGGAACGUGAUCUCGUUGAGCGAGAUCGAAGCCAGGGACUUCGAGUCGCAGUGUCCGUGCACGUCGCCGUUCGGCUCGACGCCCCGCACCUCCUGCCAGCCGUACACGUCCGAAAACAUUCUGACCGGAUCUCACGAGAGCCUGCGCACGUCCGUCACCUCCAGUAUUGACAUACAACCCCGCAUCCAUUCCACUGAAAUCAAGCUCGAUCCCCGCCCUAAUCCCAAGUGCAUUGAGGAGUGGGAGGCCAAGCCGGCGGACGGUUCCGCGGCGGUUUCGCAGGAUGUCGACGAACUGGUGGCGGUGGAGGAGGAGACCCCGGUAUACCGGUCGGGACUAUACGCCCAUUGGUGGCUGAAAGCCAAAAUUCCCAGCAGCGUGUUGAGGGGCAUUUACGAGGGCACGCGGUCACCCACUACAGAUGUCUCCACAACAAGCGGCACCAGGCGCGACGGUGACGGGCGUCCCGAUGGUGGGGGCGCCGGCCCGACCGACGGCGGCCGUUGUUAGUCCGUCGCCGGUGCCGCCGCCGCACGGCGUCACCACCCCGAAAGGCUGGUCGGCGGCGUCCCUUCGUCCGUCACCACCGCUCCGACCCACCCUGGGACUGUCGACGACGGGCGUCCAUCUGGAGCCGUACGUGCGCUACGGCGGCAAAC